AUGGCAAUCAAAAUCAGCAGUUCGCUUAAAUCUCCAACUGCAUGUGUUUUGAGCAGCGAGACGCCUAAACUUCAGCGCCGUUUAAAGAACCGCCAUAUCCAGUUGAUCGCCAUGGGUGGUGCAAUUGGCACAGGGCUGUUCUUAGGUUCAGCACAUAUUAUUGAAUCUGCUGGCCCUUCGAUUAUUUUGGGUUAUAUGAUUGGCGGUUUGAUUGCAUUUUUAAUUAUGCGUCAGCUCGGUGAAAUGAUUGUGCAUGAGCCAGUGACGGGUUCAUUUAGCUACUUUGCCUUUAAAUAUUGGGGGCGGUUUUCAGGCUUUUUAACAGGCUGGAACUACUGGGUACUGUAUAUCUUGGUGGUGAUGACUGAGCUGACCGCGAUUGGCAAGUAUGUGAAUUACUGGUGGCCACAUAUUCCUGCGUGGGUCUCGGUGCUGGUGUUUUUUGUGGUGAUCACACUGGCCAAUCUUGCCAAUGUCAAACUGUAUGCGGAGUCUGAGUUUUGGCUGUCGAUGAUUAAAGUUGUGGCGAUUAUCGCCAUGAUCAUCUUCGGGGUUUAUCUGUUGUUGACGGCUGAUGUCGGUUCAACUGCAUCUGUCACGAACUUAUGGGCACAUGGCGGGUUUUUCCCACAUGGCUUUGAAGGCUUGUUUUAUAUGCUGGCCUUUAUGAUGUUUGCCUUUGGCGGUAUUGAGCUGAUCAGUAUGGCGGCUGCGGAAACCGAAGAUCCUGAAAAGAACAUUCCAAAAGCCGUCAAUCAAACGGUGAUUCGGGUUUUCCUAUUCUAUAUUUGCUCGCUGGCGAUUCUUUUGUCUUUGGUGCCUUGGAAUCAAUUGGAUUUGGGUGGCUUAGAUAAAAGUCCAUUCGUACUUAUUUUUAAGCAAAUGGGCAUUGAUUGGGCAGCGCAUUUACUGAAUUUUAUUAUUCUGACUGCAUCGGUUUCUGUUUGUAAUAGUGGGAUGUAUGCCAAUAGUCGCAUGCUAUUAGGUCUGGCAGAACAGGGCAAUGCUCCACAAGUUUUUAAGCAGGUGAAUCGACAAGGGACACCGAUUGCGGCGACAUCACAGCCUUCACCAAAGGGCUGA